AUGGAUACUUGGCUUCAACUUCGAACAAUUUGUGACCCAGCCUUAUCUGAGGCUCCUGCGAUUACUACUCUUGCUUUUGACCCAUAUCAAGAGCUUUUAUGGGCUGGUAAUGAUAAAGGCCAAGUAACUUCUUAUUUUGGUGGUGAAAUGAACAGAUAUACAAGUUUCCGGGCCCAUUUAAACGAUGUCAGACAGUUGUUGGUUAGUGACCGUGGAGUAAUAUCAUUAAGCUCUGAUACCGUAAAAAUGGUAAGCCGUAGAGGUCUAGUAAAAUGGUCAAUAAGUUAUGAAGAUACCACAGACUUGCAUUGUAUGUCAUAUACUACAAUGCCACAUACUGAAAUUUUGGCAGCAGGAAAACAACAAAACAUAUUAGUUAUUAAUGUUGCAAGGGGCACUGUAGUGAAGAAGGUUGAAUCAGAAAGUGAAAUUGUAGUGAUGAAAAAGUCUAGGUUGGUUUGUUGUGGUGCUUCUUCGGGUGAGGUAACUCUGCGUGAUCCACGUACAUUCAAAGUAGAACACCGAAUACAAGCUCAUACAGGAGCAAUAUCUGAUAUUGAUACUUCAGGAAAUUUAUUGCUGACUUGUGGUUUUUCAUCAAGGCAUGGUAAUCUUGUAAUAGAUCCUUUAGUCAAAGUUUAUGACAUUCGAACCAUGAGACCACUUGUUCCUAUACCUUUUCCUUCUGGACCUUAUUUCCUCAAGAUGCAUCCAAAACUUUCCACAACAGCAUUCAUGGUAUCACGAACAGGCCAAUUUCAUGUAUGUGACAUUGGAAAUAAUUCGGCCAUUCAUUUCUAUCAGGCAAAUACAACUAGUUUUGUUAAUGCUAUUGAUAUUUCAACAUCAGGCGAAAUGUUAUCUUUUGGAGAUGCCGCCAGUUUUAUUCAUCUUUGGUGUGAUCGAGAAGAUUCAAAGAUUAACGCAUUUUCUAAUCCUAUAGAAUUACCUGCUGUUCCUACUCCACCUCCAAAUAUAGAUAUUAGUGAAAAUGAUUCACUUUCUCUUAUUGGAAUACCAUAUUAUAGAGAACCAUUACUUUCUGUUUGGCCUUCCAAUAUGUUAUUUGAAGUAGGUCAGCCACCUCCAAAAAUCGAUACUGAUAUUUUGAACAAUAUGAAAAUGAUAGAUUUUGUUGGAUAUGCACCUAAUCCUGGCAAUAAAAAAAGAAAUCAAGCAUCAUUAUUUGAUGACGAGACAGAACUUGAUGCAACUAGUACAAGGAUGCCUAAAUAUUAUAAAAGGGUGGAAAUUAAAUAUAGUAGAUUUGGCGUUGAAGAUUUUGAUUUUGAGUUUUAUAACAAGACACAUUAUGCAGGCCUCGAGACACAUAUUGCAAAUUCAUAUUGUAAUCCAUUGUUACAAGUGCUAUUCUUUACUCCAGUUCUAAGAUCAAUAACAAAUUCACAUAUUGGUACAGCUUGCCCAAAAGAAAAUUGUCUCUGUUGUGAACUUGGAUUCUUAUUUAGAAUGUUAGAAAAUGCUAGGGGAAGAAAUUGCCAAGCUUCUAAUUUCUUGAAAGCUUUUAGCACAAUUCCACAAGCAUUGGCGCUUGGACUUUUUGAGCCAGAUGAGCCAGAUGAAAAAACACCAUAUUCAAUGCUUAUUCAAAAUUUCAAUAGAUUUAUAUUGGAACAACUUCAUCAAGAAUGUAACUCGGAGAAUAACAUAAGAAUAUUAAAAUCUUUACCAUUGGAACAAACACACUUAUCCAUGAUUCAACAAUUAUUUGGAAUGCAUAUGGACUUUAUUAGCAAAUGUCAAUGUGAAACUGUUACUAGGCGUCUCACAACGCCAUUUGUUGUAGAUUUGCAGCAUUACAUUAAACGUGAAAUGCAACCUAAAGCUUGGUGUAACAAUUGUCAACAAUAUGUGCCAACUAUUGCCAAGAAAAUACCUAAAGGACUUCCACCUGUGUUGACAGUCAACUGUGGAGUUGGUAAUUCAGUACCAGUUGAAUUCUGGAGAAUCAUUGAGGGAAAUAAAUCUUGGUUACCAAAAAGACUUUCUAUGAAGAUAGAUGACGACGAUUUAAUUAUAAAAGAAUUGACAACUGAUGCCGUAGUUGAUGUUAAUUCUACUGGAAGUGCAACUUUAGCUAAUUACGAACUUAUGGCGAUUGUUGCUCAAGUUAAAGUUGAAAAAGAAAUGCCACAUCUUGUUGCGUUUGUAAAAGAAAAUAAACCAGAUCCUUCCAGUAAAAGUCCUUGGUAUCUUUUCAAUGACUUUUUAGUAAAAAAUGUAAAAGAACAAGAAGUUUUUAAUUUUCAGGGAGCUUGGAAAUGUCCUGUAUUAUUAUAUUUUUCAAGGAUAGACAUUAAUGAUUUAAUGGAUACAAGUGCAUUACCUUCAGAAAUUGACAAAACAAUCCUAUUUAAAGAUAUUUCGAUAGCAAAACACCGUUUAAAGAAAAAAUCUUCUCAAUUAUUAACUCCAGAAGAAUUACCACAGCCAGGCACUUUGGUGGCAAUUGAUGCAGAAUUUGUAGCAUUAAAUAGGGAAGAAACAGAAAUUCGAAGUGAUGGUACAAAAUCAGUCAUUCGCCCAAGCCGACUUUCAUUAGCACGAGUUAGCGUACUACGUUGUGAGGGAUCAAAAGAAGGAAUUCCGUUUAUUGAUGACUAUAUUGCAACAUUAGAGCCUGUUGUAGAUUAUUUGACCGAGUACUCUGGAAUACAAGCCGAAGAUCUUGAUCCUAACACCUCUAAACAUACACUGGUUCCCUUAAAGGUCGCAUAUAAAAAAUUGAGAUUGCUUCUUGACCUUGGUUGUAUAUUUGUUGGACAUGGGCUAAAAAAAGAUUUUAGAAUUAUCAAUAUUUUAGUACCCCCUCAACAAGUUAUUGAUACGGUGGAUAUAUUUCAUAUUAAGAAUAGACAAAGGAAAAUAUCGUUAAGAUUUUUAGCAUGGUAUUUACUUAAUCAAGAUAUACAAACGGAGGCUCAUGACAGUAUUGAAGAUGCAAGAACAGCAUUAUUGAUUUAUAAAAAGUAUCUUCAGUUUAAAUCAGAAGGUAAGUUUGGAGAAGUUUUAGAAGACAUAUAUAAUGAAGGACGUAAAUAUAAUUGGAAACCCACGCCUGGAGUAUUUCCAUCCAAAUUAUUGAGUAAGAAAAAAGAGGUAUUUGAAUGA